GCAACGUCAUGGGCAAGAGCCGCCAUUUUAACUGAGCAACCAUAGUGACAGGAGCUGAAGCAGCAGCUCAGGUUGUCCCCGUUUCCCCCUCCCCCUUCCCGUGUCCGGUUGACUUCCCGGGACCCCUGCACUCCACAGCCCCGGUCCCGCAAUGUCCCAGAAGCAAGAAGACGAGAACCCUGUGGAGGAGACCGGCGAGGAGAAGCAGGACACACAGGAGAAAGAAGGUAUUCUUCCCGAGAGAGCUGAGGAGGCAAAGCUAAAGGCCAAAUACCCAAGCCUAGGACAAAAGCCUGGAGGCUCCGAUUUCCUCAUGAAGAGACUCCAGAAAGGGCAAAAGUACUUUGACUCAGGAGACUACAACAUGGCUAAAGCCAAGAUGAAGAAUAAGCAGCUGCCAAGUGCAGGACCAGACAAGAACCUGGUGACUGGUGACCACAUCCCCACCCCACAGGAUCUGCCCCAGAGAAAAUCCUCGCUCGUCACCAGCAAGCUUGCGGGCGGCCAACUUGAAUGAUGCUGCCCGGGGCUCUGCCAGAUCCUGAGAAGCUGCCCCCUGGGUCCUGUGCUGGCUCCUGCCUCUCCCUGCUUUUGCAACCAGGGGUCAGGAGGUGGCUUGGGUGCGGGCUGGAGAGGCAGAAGCCCCUCCCCGUUGGUGUUCCAGCGCAUGGAGCCCCUUAGGCUGAGCACCAAGACCUUGAACCGUUUUUGUUUUAUGUUUUUUUCCAAAUAACUGUUGGAAGAAAAAUCAGUGAAAUCCCAGGGGUAGGGUUGAGAGGGUGGGGUGGGAGAUUUGAGUGAAUACGAAUUAGGGGUUAGAGACGAUAAAACCAUCCCUGGCUAUCCUCCUCAACCACAUGGUUAGUGUGGGGUCCGUGGAAGGGGAGGAAGUGGAGUAGACUAAUAAGAGGUUCUAAUUCAGACAAAAGCCUUGUGUGGUUGUGGCUGGAGACUUGUGUCAGAUAAAAACAACUGUUGAUCUACAGAUGACAAAUGCAAACAGCUCUUCUGAUUCCUCAGAGCAAGCUGAGAACUCAAUUGUCCACAAAAAAAAAAAAAAAAUAUAUAUAUAUAUAUAUAUAUAUAUAUAUACAUAUAUAUAUAUAUAUUCUGUCCUUGAAGUAGAUUUGUUACUGGGGAAAGGGCAGUGAGCGUGGGGGAAAGGAACCAUGAGCAUGGGAGCCCCACAGAGCCUAGGGACUUUUUCAGUAUUCGAAAUAAAAAACAAAAAGACCCAUAAAAAAAACCCAACCCAGAAA